AUGUCGAAUAGACCCAUCUUCGUGGCUACUCAUCCCCGUUCAUGCUCGACUGCUUUCGAAAGAGUGUUCAUGACUCAACGCGACGCCCUCCAUUGCAUCCACGAACCAUUUGGUGAUGCCUUCUAUUAUGGCCCGGAGAGACUAAGUUCGAGAUACGAGAGUGAUGAGAAGGCCAGGCUCGACAGUGGCUUUGCCCAGUCGACCUUUCGCACAGUCCUGGACAGAAUUGAGAAAGAGGGUGCCGAGGGCAAGCGUAUCUUCAUCAAGGACAUCAUACAUUAUCUCGUCCCUCCGAAUGGUGCACCACCGUCGAUCGCUCCUUCUUUGGCCAGAAAGGAACGAGGCAUUGGUACGUUCGAGCCUCACUCCAAUGAUGUGGCCAGCGUUGCGCCGCUUGCUCCUAAUUCGUACGCUACUGAACCCGAGCUUCGAAACCCAACGGUAGUUCCAAGCGAAAUGUUAGGCCAAUUCCAUUUUACCUUCCUCAUCCGCCAUCCACGCUACAGCAUUCCUUCUUACUAUCGUUGCACUGUUCCACCACUUGAUGAAGUCACUGGAUUCCACAAUUUCAUGCCUUCCGAGGCCGGUUAUGACGAGCUUCGGCGCGUCUUUGACUUUCUGCGUAGUGUUGGUCAGGUGGGCCCUGAGAUUGCAUCUCAGAACAUCCAUGUGAAUGGAAGCACGAACGGUAAUGCCAACAGAGUGGACAUCUGCGUUGUCGAUGCAGAUGAUCUACUCGAUAAUCCAGCCGGGAUCAUUGCAGCUUAUUGUAAGAGUGUGGGAAUCGGGUACCACGAGCAGAUGCUCAGUUGGGACUCCGAGGAGGACCAAAAGCAAGCCAAGGAUGCCUUUGAGAAAUGGAAGGGCUUUCACGAGGAUGCCAUGAACAGCUGCGAUCUUAAACCGCGGAAAUACAAGAAGAAAGCAAAGAGCGAUGAAGAGGAAGACCGCGAGUGGGUCCAGAAGUUUGGAACGGAAGGAGCGAAGGUCAUCCGGCAGACGGUCAAUGCAAACUUCAAGGACUACGAAUACCUCAAGCAGUUCGCCUUGACAGCCUGA